UUACUGCGCCUGCGCCUGUAGAGCCUCGCUGUUUGCGGCAGUGGUCAGUCUCUCUGCAAAAUAAUCUCUUUUUUAUUUUACAUUUAUUAUUCCCGCAUGCCGUUUUGUUUGCUUUUAUACAUUUGAAGUAGCAGUGAAAUCAUAGUGUUAACCGACAUGGUGUAUCGUCGAUCCAGUAGGUGAACCUAGCUAUAAAAGAGGCUGGAUGAUUAUUCAGAGAUGAUACGCUCCUCAUCAUCAAACGGUGGGUCGGUCCUCCGCUCCGGUGUCAUGCACAGCAGCAACACAGCCAGGGAUGCAGCGUUAAAUCAAGGCAUAUAGAAGUAGACCUACUUGUUAAUAAACCCCUCCACCACCACCACCACCUCCCACCCUUAAUGAGAAUAUCGUCGUGAUGGCUGAUGAAGAUGAACAACAAUCUGGUCAGCUGAAGUCACAUUCGGUAUUGGGCUGUCUUCUUCCACCGCUAGUACCAGGACUCCAGGGCCCGGAGGCCAAUGCGUUGCACUACAAAAUUAAGAAUUCAAUUUGCAAAUCUGUCCAGCCAAAAGUGGACAACAUAUUGCAAGACGUUGAGAAGUUUACAGACAUCGAAAAACUCUACCUCUACUUGAAGUUGCCUUCUGGUCCCAGCAAUGAUAAAAGGACUGAGAACCAGAGAGCCUCCACUCCUGGACUAUGUGACCAGAGUGGCAUGUCGUCCAGUCGAACACAGCAGAUGUACGCUUUCAACUGGAUCCGGAAUCACCUAGAGGAGCAUCCUGAGACAUCACUGCCAAAGCAAGAGGUGUACGACGAAUACAAGAGCUACUGUGACAGUCUUGCCUACCACCCACUGAGUGCUGCAGACUUUGGAAAGAUCAUGAAGCAUGUCUUUCCCAACAUGAAGGCUCGCCGCCUGGGCAUGAGAGGCAAAUCUAAAUACUGUUAUAGUGGACUGAGGAAGAAAGCUUUUGUUCACAUGCCUUCCCUGCCCAACCUGGACUUACAAAAAUCAGGCGACGGGUGUGAGCCGAUGGAGCCGUCGUCGGGCCAGUCUCCCAGUGCAGAGGAUGAGAUGCGCUCAGCAGCCUGUGGCUUGGUGUGUGAGUGGGCUCAGAAGGUCCUCAGCAGACAAUUUGAUGCCGUGGAGGAUCUGGCUCGCUUCCUGCUCAACAGUCAUUACAUAGGAACCAAGUCUAUGGCUGCCCUCACCGUCAUGACUGGGGCUCCCACAGGUCUGAAGACUCCCACGCCAACCUCUGCAUUCGUGCCCACGUCCGAGGCCUCGUCCUUCCAGCCGCAGGUGAAGACGCUGGCCUCUCCCUCAGUGGACGCCAAGCAGCAGCUCCAGAGGAAGAUCCAUAAGAAACAGCAGGAGCAGAAGCUCCAAUCCCCCCUGCCUGGAGAGGCCCAGGGACAGGGACAGAACCAGGCCAGGAGGACCGAGGCCAGCACCCCAGGGCCAGCUAUCCCCUGUGGAAGUCCUGCUCUGCUUUCACCACAACCUACCAUUGGUAUUGUGGUGGCAGCCGUCCCCAGCCCCAUCACGGUCCAGAGGAGCAGGCAGCUGAUGACAUCCCCUAGUCCGGUGGGGUCCGCCGAGGGGAAGGUAAUGCCAACGGUCAACUUCCAGGUGGUCACCCACACCCAGUCUCUGACCCACAGACAGUCACCUAAAACGCCCCAGAACAUCUCAGCCAGCCCCGUGGGAGACCGCCUGGCUAGGCACAGGUACCCCCAGAUUCUCCCCAAGCCCUCUGCCACGGCGGCCAUCACCUUGCGUUCGCCCCCCACCCUGCUCAUCACCAACAGCCCCAUGAAGACCCACCACGUGAUCCAGCCCCAGCUCAGUUCCCACGUCAACGUGGUCAAGAUGACCGCCAUCUCUCUGGCCCCUAGCAACACUAUCAGUACCAGCAGUAACAGUAUGGUCCUCAGGCCAGCUUCAGCCUCGGCCGGGGUGGGAACCACCACCACUUUUACCACCAUCGCUGCCCUAGAGGAGGUCCAGCAACAGGGACAGAGCCAGGGAGGUCCCCCAGCCCCAGCUACCCCACAGUGUCCUGCAGGACGACCUGGCGCCCCAGCCUCCAACCCUACUCCCACAGUGGCUCCUGAGGCCAUCAUCACUGACAAUAACCCGGGCUCUAACUCAGAUAAACGGAGCACCAUACAGAAGUCCCCCGGUGGGUCCAAGGGUCCAGAGAGGGCCACUAAGUACCGAGCGUCCAGCGAACCCUCGCUCCUGGUCAUAUGCUCACCAGGACCUGAAAGAGUGACCGCCAGGACCAAAAGCUACCCUUCUUCUAGUUCCCCUCCCACCUCUGCCACCAAUGCAGCGACUAUUAGGGUAGAGGCCAAGCAGGACAGCAAUAACAACAGCAGCACCGCAUCCACCUGUCACCAAGAAAGUCCUUUUUAUCUGACUGUUGUGCCCUCGGCCAAUCAGAACGCUCCUAACGUCAGCGGAAAGUCCUCCUCGUCCAAUGGCUUAUCGGCUGUUACCCUAUUGUCUUCUAUAGACUCCUCCUCCUGUGCGUCAGGUUCUAAGAGUCCCCGGAAGCGAACCGGCCCUGGUCUGGAUUCCUCCCACGUGAUCCCUGUGAAACGUGUCUUCAUCUCCCAGCAACCUUUAGGUGUGACCUUUGACCCCAAACCAGGGAUUACCGCCGCCGUCAAGAGGGUCCCAGCCAGACAAGGCACCCCCGCCCGACCAGAGAGCGCCCCAUGUCGAGUGACGGUGAAACAACGCCUAGUGCCCACGCAGAUCCUGGCGCUGUCAGACUUGCCCGUCACGAACACGGAGAUCUCCUCCUCCUCCUCUCAGACUGUCGACGUGAAGCCCCAGUCCUCCUCGUUGCUGCUAGUGAAACGUGAAGACCAGUCCUCUCUAACUCUAAGUCUCAGCACUGUCAGCAGUCACACCAGCAGCACUGAAGCCCCUGGUACGACCACCACCACAGUGACUGAGCAGCAGCAACAGGCCUUACUACAGCAGAUCACAGCAGGACCAGUAGGAGCACAGCAACACUCUGAGGCCUCUGUCUCUGCGAUGCCAGUAGGAGCACAGCAACACUCUGAGGCCUCUGUUUCUGUGAUGCCAGUAGGAGCACAGCAACACUCUGUCUCUGCGAUGCCAGUAGGAGCACAGCAACACUCUGUCUCUGCGAUGCCAGUAGGAGCACAGCAACACUCUGUCUCUGCGAUGCCAGUAGGAGCACAGCAACACUCUGUCUCUGCGAUGCCAGUAGGAGCACAGCAACACUCUGUCUCUGCGAUGCCAGUAGGAGCACAGCAACACUCUGUCUCUGUGAUGCCAGUAGGAGCACAGCAACACUCUGAGGCCUCUGUCUCUGCGAUGCCAGUAGGAGCACAGCAACACUCUGUCUCUGUGAUGCCAGUAGGAGCACAGCAACACUCUGAGGCCUCUGUCUCUGCGAUGCCAGUAGGAGCACAGCAACACUCUGUCUCUGUGAUGCCAGUAGGAGCACAGCAACACUCUGUCUCUGCGAUGCCAGUAGGAGCACAGCAACACUCUGAGGCCUCUGUCUCUGCGAUGCCAGUAGGAGCACAGCAACACUCUGAGGCCUCUGUCUCUGCGAUGGGGAACAUGAAUUGCACAGUGUUGGAAGAGUCAGCCGCAGGACAUCUGGUGGAGCAGCAGAAACAGACCUUCAUUCAGACUAUAGCAGCAGACCACACCGAGCACCAGGCCCUGGAUUCCACCGACCAACACCAACUCUCCAACGUCAUGUCCCAGACCUCAGACUCCUCUGAUCAGUUAUCUGGUCUUCAUCAGGAGAUGCUGGACUUUGCCUCCUCAUCCUCCCAGCACGGCUCCACCAUGGACUACUUCUCCUUUAACGAUGAUGAUAUGACCCAGGACAGCAUAGUAGAGGAACUGGUUCAGAUGGAAGAACAGAUGAAGCUGAAGGGCCUCCAGCCGCUGUUCAGUAGCUGUGUGGAUAAUAUCUCUCUCCAGGGCCAGCCUGGGGGCCCCCAGGGGCCCAUCCUCAACACUCACCACCAGGGGGAUAGCUCUUCUUUCUACCAGUCUGCCCAUAGCAGUAUUACCCCCAUCCAGACCCCCACCCCAACCCCCACCCUGACUCCAACCCCUACCCCGGAGAUGACUCUCGGCGGGCACAGGCUGACCAGAGAGAGCCCCUACUGCCAUCACAGCAUGGCCCCUAUCACGCCCGUGGAGGUUCCUCUAGGAGGCCGACACACCCCUAUAAGCUCUCUGUCUAACUGUUCUAGCGGCAUCCCGCCCAGCCCGGUGGAGUGCAGGAACCCGUUUGCCUUCACACCUAUCAACUCCAGCAUGGCAGGGGGUUACCAUGAUGCCUCCGUGGUGUCUGUCUCCUCCAGUCCCAUCAAGCCCAUGCAGAGACCCAUGGCCACUCACCCAGAUAAGGCUAAACUGGAGUGGAUCAACAACCGUUACAACAGUAGUGGUACUGAAGCUAUUGGAGGAGUCGGAGCAGGGCCAGGGUCUGGGUUAUCCAUCUGUAACCACAGCCUUGGUGGACUCCUGCCUAGUUACCAGGAUCUAGUGGACGAUCACUUCCGUAAGCCUCACGCCUUCGCUGUCCCGGGUCAAAGUGGCCAGUCUUUCCGGGUCCAGUCCAGACAUCAGGACGGCAGCCAUUUUGGACAUCUCGCCCCCAUCUCUCCGGUGCAACAGCAGUUGACCAGCGUAUCGACCACACCCACCAACACGGCAACCAAACAGGACGAGAGCUUCGCUGUGCCCGCCCCUCUUGACGGCAAGGGUGGAGCCCUGUCAUCAGGGGGCGGGACGUUCCGUUGCCGUAGCGUCAGCCCCGCCGUGCGUCAGAUGAACUUCAGCGGUACCGACACAAGCACCGGCACUACCACUCGAUUGGUUGUCUCGCAGUUUAGUUCCCCCAUGACCUCACAGGAAAUACUCAGCAUCCUGUCCAACAGCCAAUCGGUGGGCGGCAACCUCCACAGCGUGGCCCAGCGCAGCCAAUCGGUGCCCUUAAACAUCAUGAUGCAGAGCGUUGUGGAGAUGCAAGGCAUCCAGGGACAGAACCAGAGUAAUGCCACUAAGAUCACCAAUGUCCUCUUGAGUAAGAUGGACUCUGACGUGAACGACACUGUGAGGGGCCUGGGCAUCAACAACCUCCCUUCCAACUAUACCGCCCGCAUGAACCUCACCCAGAUGCUGGAGACCCAGUCUCAGAGUCAGACUGCCCCUGGGGGCUUCACCGCUGGAGGAGAUGGAGGAGGAAGAGGAGGGAACGCCCAUCAGUCUCAGCUGCAGGCUGUCAGCUCCAGCCCUGCCUCUUUCGAGCUCCAGCAGCACGGGGGCUACCUCACCAGUACCGGAGGAGGCGGGGGGGAGAUGAGCUUCAACCAAUCACAAUCAGGCCCUGGUGGUGAGGAUGUGGACCUGGAGCUACAGCAGAUCCAGGAGCUUCAGGAGGCCUCAGGACAGCUCCAUCCCCAGCUACUACAAACCCAGGCUAGGCUGCUCCAGAGUCCCCAUCCCCAGCUCCACAUUCCCCAGGCCCAGCUCCAGAGGGCCCAGCUCCAGAGUGCCCAGCUCCAGAGUCCCCAGCUCCAGAGUCCCCACCCCCAGCUCCAGAGUCCCCAGCUCCAGAGUGCCCAGCUCCAGAGUGCCCAGCUCCAGAGUCCCCAGCUCCAGAGUCCCCAGCUCCAGAGUGCCCAGCUCCAGAGUCCCCAGCUCCAGAGUCCCCACCCCCAGCUCCAGAGUCCCCAGCUCCAGAGUGCCCAGCUCCAGAUUCCCCAGCUCCAGAGUCCCCAGCUCCAGAGACCCCAGCUCCAGAGACCCCAGCUCCAGAGUCCCCAGCUCCACAUUCCCCAGGCCCAGCUCCAGAGGGCCCAGCUCCAGAGAUCCCAGCUCCAGAGUCCCCACCCCCAGCUCCAGAGUCCCCAUCCCCAGCUCCAGAGUCCCCAGCUCCAGAGUCCCCACACCCAGCUCCAGAGUCCCCAUACCCAGCUCCAGAGUCCCCACACCCAGCUCCAGAGUCCCCACACCCAGCUCCAGAGUCCCCACACCCAGCUCCAGAGUCCCCAACCCCAGCUCCAGAGUCCCCACACCCAGCUCCAGAGACCCCAGCUCCAGAUUCCCCAGGCCCAGCUCCAGAGUCCCCACCCCCAGCUCCAGGGUCCCAACACCCAGUUCCAGAGUCCCCACCCCCAGCUCCAGAAUCCCCAGCUCCAGAUUCCCCAGGCCCAGCUCCAGAGGCCCCAGCUCCAGAGUCCCCAUGCCCAGCUCCAGAGUCCCCAGCUCCAGAGUCCCCAUGCCCAGCUCCAGAGUCCCCACCCCCAGCUCCAGAGUCCCCAGGCCCAGAGUCCCCAGGCCCAGCUCCAGAGUCCCCACCCCCAGCUCCAGAGUCCCCAGGCCCAGCUCCAGAGUCCCCACCCCCAGCUCCAGAGUCCCCAGGCCCAGCUCCAGAGUCCCCAUGCCCAGCUCCAGAGUCCCCAGCUCCAGAUUCCCCAGGCCCAGCUCCAGAGUCCCCAGCUCCAGAGUCCCCAUGCCCAGCUCCAGAGUCCCCACCCCCAGCUCCAGAGUCCCCACCCCCAGCUCCAGAGUCCCCAGGCCCAGCUCCAGAGUCCCCAGCUCCAGAGUCCCCACCCCCAGCUCCAGAGUCCCCAGGCCCAGCUCCAGAGUCCCCAUGCCCAGCUCCAGAUUCCCCAGGCCCAGCUCCAGAGUCCCCAUGCCCAGCUCCAGAGUCCCCAGGCCCAGCUCCAGAGUCCCCAGGCCCAGCUCCAGAGUCCCCAUGCCCAGCUCCAGAGUCCCCAGGCCCAGCUCCAGAGUCCCCAGCUCCAGAGUCCCCACCCCCAGCUCCAGAGUCCCCAGGCCCAGCUCCAGAGUCCCCACCCCCAGCUCCAGAGUCCCCACCCCCAGCUCCAGAGUCCCCAGGCCCAGCUCCAGAGUCCCCACCCCCAGCUCCAGAUUCCCCAGCAGGCCCAGCUCCAGAGUCCCCAGGCCCAGCUCCAGAUUCCCCAGGCCCAGCUCCAGAGUCCCCAGGCCCAGCUCCAGAGUCCCCAGGCCCAGGCCGGGUUCCAACUCCUCCAGCCCAUCACCACCCAGCAGCAGCAACAACAGGAUGAAGAAGACGAUGCGCAACAACAGCUAGACUUCAACAACACUGUUAAAGACCUGUUAGGUGACGACGGUCUCAACGUCCACGCUGAAGGCCUCAACCCUAGCUCUCAGCUGGUUGGUCAGGUGGCCUCGGAACUCGACGCCGCUGUGGCGUCCGACUUCACCAACGACAUCGGGCUGACCUCCGACCUCUCCAGUAGCAUCGCAGACCUGAACACGUUGGACGCCAACCUGCUGUUCGAUCCGUCCAAUCAGCAGCAAGAACAGUACGAAGACGCCACACUGGAAGAGCUGAAGAACGAUCCUCUGUUUCAGCAGAUAUGUAGUGAUACUGUGAACUCCUCGUUCGACUGGCUGGAGAGCAAAGACCAGCCUACUACCGUAGAGAUGUUGGGCUAAUGUUGCUAUUGUGUGUGAACGAAUGGAAGCUUAUUCCCUAAUAUAGUUCACUAUGGGUCUUUGUCUAUUGGCCCUAGUCAGAAGCGGUGUACAAUAUAGGGACUAGGGUGUCAAUUCAGAUACAGACUGGCUUAAAAAAAAAAAAAUGUAUUUUUAUGUUUUUUGUUUUUGUAUUGUUUUGUCAGGAGAGAAAAAAACUUCUGGACCACUCGGCCGUUUGUCCAGUGAAAAGUGCCGGCCUGGAAAUCUCUCCUAAUUUUUCUUGUUUUUAUAUCACUUUUAUUGUUAAGAUAUCUGAAUCACAAUACAUUACCACUUCAUUUCACCUUCCUAUGAAAUCAUCAAUGAGUACAUUUCAAGUGAGUGAAGACGCGGACUGUGAGACGCGGACUGUGAGACGCGGACUGUGAGACGAGGUCAGUGAGACGAGGUCAGUGAGACGCGGACUGUGAGACGCGGUCUCUGAGACGUGGACUGUGAGACGUGGACUGUGAGACGUGGACUGUGAGACGUGGUCUCUGAGACGUGGACUCUGAGACGCGGACUGUGAGACGCGGACUGUGAGACGAGGUCAGUGAGACGUGGUCUGUGAGACGUGGACUGUGAGACGUGGACUGUGAGACGUGGACUGUGAGACGAGGUCAGUGAGACGAGGUCAGUGAGACGUGGUCUCUGAGACGUGGACUGUGAGACGUGGACUGUGAGACGUGGACUCUGAGACGUGGACUGUGAGACGUGGUCUCUGAGACGUGGACAGUGAGACGUGGACUGUGAGACGUCUCUGAGACGUGGACGUGAGACGCGGACUGUGAGACGCGGACUGUGAGACGCGGACUGUGAGACGCGGUCUGUGAGACGCGGACUGUGAGACGUGGUCUCUGAGACGUGGACUGUGAGACGUGGACUGUGAGACGCGGACUGUGAGACGUGAGACGUGGACUGUGAGACGUGGUCUCUGAGACGUGGACUGUGAGACGUGGACUGUGAGACGUGGACUCUGAGACGUGGACUGUGAGACGUGGACUGUGAGACGUGGUCUCUGAGACGUGGACUGUGAGACGCGGACUGUGAGACGCGGACUGUGAGACGUGGACUGUGAGACGUGGUCUCUGAGACGUGGACUCUGAGACGCGGACUGUGAGACGCGGACUGUGAGACGAGGUCAGUGAGACGUGGACUCUGAGACGUGGACUCUGAGACGCGGACUGUGAGACGCGGACUGUGAGACGAGGUCAGUGAGACGUGGACUCUGAGACGUGGACUGUGAGACGUGGACUGUGAGACGUGGACUCUGAGACGCGGACUGUGAGACGUGGACUCUGAGACGCGGACUGUGAGACGUGGACUCUGAGACGUGGACUGUGAGACGUGGACUCUGAGACGUGGACUGUGAGACGUGGACUGUGUCUGAAUGCCACCCUAGUGCUCUGAUUAAGAGUUCUGCACUAUAUGCAGUAGGGGUCCAUUUCAGUGGCAGACUUGUUAUAAUGGGGUAGAUUUCCCAAGGUACAGUAUAAUGAACACCAUACAGUUAAAACAUAUCUUCCUAUGUUGUGUGUACUCAUUCAAUAAUGCAAUAGUUUUAUUCAGAAAUCAUCUAACAAAUAGGACAUCUGGCACAAAAUCACACAAUCGCACAAUCACAAAAUCACACAAUCACACAAUCACACAAUUACACAAUCACACAAUUACACAAUCACACAAUCGCACAAUCACACAAUCACACAAUCACACAAUUACACAAUCACACAAUCACACAAUUACACAAUCACACAAUCACACAAUUACACAAUCACACAAUUACACAAUCACAAAAUCACACAAUUACACAAUCACAAAAUCACACAAUCACAAAAUCACACAAUCACAAAAUCGCACAAUCACACAAUCACACAUGUUUGCUGUAGGAUGUAGUAUCCUGUUUUAGUGUGUUUCAAAAGUGAAUCCAAACAGAAAAAUACAACAUUAGAAGGCAACUUAAUAACAUGCACAUGACAUUUUAGCAGUAAAUUUGCCUACCAUGUCCGAAUACUAAACGGGUAGCAUCCAGAAGCUACCAGGUGCUGAAUUUAAGACAUCUCUAUCAUGCAUCAUAUUGAUACCAAAUCAAUGGCAUACUGGUUCAUAUCUGAACAGUUUAAAUGUCAAAAUCUAUUUAUACUACUUGUACUGUUCAAUUAGGAAGAGAUGAGAGGAAUUUUGAAGAUGAGGAAGAUGAGCUGGAUUCGCUAGUACUGGUAGUCUUAUCUGGUGAAGAACCAAUAUGACACUCCUAGGAAGGGAAGCAACAACAAACAUGGCUGCCUUAUUACGCCAUCUCUACAGACAGACUGUAUAUAAUACUAUUCAGUAGUACAUAGAAUCUAGAACCGAUUCUAUAAUUCUAGAACCGAUUCUAUUAUUCCAGAACCAUCCAGAGCUUCACCAUUCAUAUCAAGGCAGCUGAUUAAACUCUGAUAAUGUUUUCAAUA